AAGAAACUUUACAGAGGUUUUAUGACACUAGAAACAAAACUAUUAAAAAUUUCAACAACUUUAAUCAAACAGGUUCAAAAUCAGUUUAAGUGCUGGCGCCACUUUCUUAUGUGAUGUGUUGCUAUUGUAUAACUGUUUUCUACCCGUAGCUCAAACUAUGUUUAGUUAAGCCUUUAUUCUAGGAACUGAUCCUAUAUAGUUGGACUUGAAAUUAGUUUCAUUCUUUCUGUUUCCACCCCUCAAGUUGGUGGUAGUCGAUCCAAGAGGGAAGCAGCUAUUACAUUAACUGUGGGAGAAGACACAAACUGUAGUACAAAAGGUGUGAACAGUUUCUGUAAUGGUCCCCUGCUUCCAGGCAUGGAGUACAGAGUGAAAGCCUUUUCCUGUACUGCAGGGGGAUGCACUGAGACGAAGUAUGUUGGGGGAUAUAGAACCAAAGAGGAAAAGGAUUACAAGACAAUAAUCAUUGCUGUCAGCGUGUCAUGUGGCCUGGCGAUAAUCAUUCUCCUCAUCGUUAUUGUUGUGAUCACAGUGCGAUCUAAACAUCAGAAACAGAAGGACACGAGUUACCCAGAAUCAGAUGUGACCCAGUCACCCAUCUUCAUUCCCUUUCAUGAAGAACCUGAGCCUGAGGAUUACCCUACAUCCAAGCCCAUUAACCUCAGUGAACUGAAUGAUGUGGUGGAAGGCAUGCACCAUGACAGUAAAUUAACCUUUUCCCAAGAAUACCUUUGGCUGAAGACACUGAGCCCUAAGUUGCCUGUGACAGCUGCAUCCUUAGAGGAUAAUCGUGUGAAAAACCGAUACACUGACAUCCUACCUUUUGAUGACACCCGCGUGAAACUGUUGCCAGUUGAAGAUGAUGAAGCCUCAGAUUAUAUCAAUGCCAACUACAUUCCGGGUUAUCAUUCUCAAAGAGAGUACAUUGCUGCCCAGGGUCCUUUGAAUGCAACUUUGGAGGAUUUCUGGAGAAUGGUCUGGGAGCAGGAUGUCAGCAUUAUUGUUAUGUUGACCAAGCUGCAGGAGAAAGGACAGGAUAAAUGCGUAAAGUACUGGCCAGAUGAGAGUGAUGGCGUGCAGCAGUAUGGAGAGGUGGUUGUGGAACCAGCAUCCUACUCCAAUCUCAACACAUAUGAUCUGAGGGAGUUUUCUAUCUCUGUGGGCUCCAUAAGACGUAAACUGAAGCAUUUUCACUAUCUAAUGUGGCCUGACUUUGGAGUGUCAGACAGUGAAGAUAUGGUGAACUUUCUUCAGGAUGUCAGAAGCCAUGUGAGGCCAAACAUGAGUGGACCUCUCCUCAUACACUGCAGUGCUGGUGUGGGAAGGACAGGGUCAUUCAUCGCCGUUGACCAAAUCCGUGAGAAACUCUAUGACCUCUCAGGUGAAUCUGACAUCACCAUUGACAUCUAUGAGAUUGUUCUGACGAUGAGAAAUCACAGACCACGCAUGGUGCAGACUGAGGCUCAGUAUGUGUUUAUUCAUGACGCUGUCUGUGAGGUGGUGAGACAGAAGUUAAUCCAGGAACAACCUGAAGAUGAGCACAUUUAUGGGAAUCAGGGAUUUAAUACAGAAGAGAAUCUGUAUGAAAACACAAAGUUUGAAGAAGUUGUCUAUGGUAAUGUGGCCACAACUGAGCUAUAAAGGGAUCGUGACAUCUGGAGUAAGACGAUUGGUUGUGGUGAAAGAAUGUAAUUAUACAUGCGGGCAAGCUCUUAAUUGUGCAUGCAUAUACUUUGUAUUGUGGGCAAAUCUGUGAAUAAGCUCCAGGUUUUUCUGUUGAUUUCUUGUUUUAAAUAAGAUUUGGUUUUACAAGAAGGGUCAGAAAAAGGGUAUAUUUUUUUUUUAAUAAAAAUGAUGAAAAUUAUUUAUUUGAAGUUUCUUGACCCACAUUGCAUGUAAGGGCCUUAAAUAUACAUAAAAGUCCCACGUCAUCAUCAUUACUUUGAUAGAAGAAUGUUCACAAGAUUAAUGACUAAAUCUGUUUAAAAACAGAUUUGUUAAAUGAAAAUGUCAACGUCACCAGACAUUGCAAAACUGAAGGUACGAAGUUUAUUUUCUUACAUGUGUUCAGAAGAUAUUUUUCAUCAUAUCUUAAACAGUGAUAUGUACACUACGUGCUUGAGAGAGUUGAAAUACAGUGACAUGUACAUACAAAUAGUAUAUUAACUCGUAGAAAUAUAUGAGAAUUCCAGUUGUUAAAGUUUAUGUUAUAUUUUUAUAUUUUACUUUCAUAUAUUAAAGAUUGUGAUAUAACCUAAUUAGUUAGUAAAUGAAACGUUUAAGACAGAUGUAAUAUUUCUAACCUUUCCGUAUAAAAUGUUAGAUGUUUCACUAUACUUUUCCCAUCUGUAUAGAUAGGAAAUAAUAUUUUCAUGAAGUGCUCAAGUUGUCAAGCCAUAGAAUACACCACUAUAUCCCACUGACCCUUUUUUUCAUUUCAUAAAUUUUACACUCCUAAAACUGAAAUGUUAUAUGUAACUUUACAACUGGUAAAUCCAACAUGUUUGGAGUUGAUGGAAAGGGAAAGUAUCUGUGGUUUUAGGCUAACAGUUUCUAAACUUUGCAAAAAAAAUAAGAAAAUGAUGUAAUUUGAUCUCAGAAUAACACUUUAAGGUAUUGUGGUUUGCACAUUCCUGAAGCUUUUCACACUGUAAAUGUUGAACAGUCCCUUCAACCUACACAAAACAUUACUUCCAAAUACAGAUUUUACCCUUGCAUAGCUUUGGAUGUUGGCACUCACAUUUUACAGUUCUUAAUAUUUGAAUCAUAAUGAAUGUUUUAAUCUUAACACUGAGAAAAUGUUGACAUUUUAUGAUUUGAAUUAAAAGAGGGUGUAUCUAUAUAUAUAUCUAUAAUUAAGUCUCUCUUGCUAUAUGCCCAUUUACAAAUAAAAAAAGGAUGCUAUGUUAUUUUGGUUUUGUAUGUUUAAACCAAAGGAAAGAGAUAAACACAUAUUUUUUUCAGAUGGAUGUAUGUAUGUGUGUAUAUAUAUUUUAAACAUGUUUGAUGGAAAUAAAACCCCACAGGGCUUCCCCAUCUUCUAGAUAACACAAAAAUAUUCUAGAAACAGCCUUGUGAAUGUUGGAUGUAAGCAGUGGGAAAAAAAAUGAAAGCAAUAAAAGUAAUAUACUGGUGAAAACAUUAAUACAAUUUGAAAAUAAUAUCACAAAAAGACAUUAUAACCAGGAUUAACUUGUGCGAGUGAGUUUGACAGAGAUUGAAUAAAAAGUUCACAAUUUUGGUUAUAUGAAUUUUAAUUAACGACUUAAAAUUUGAUGUAAAAUUGAUAGCAAGAUUAAAGAUUUGAGGGCAAACUGUCUAUAGCUUAGGGUCUGUCUUACGAACGGUGUAAAGAGGUAAAUCAGAUUUAACAUUGAUUGCCUUGUGGGGUAUCAGAGAACUUCAGAUAAAUGCAUGAAGUACGGAUGGAAACCUGUGGGAAGGAAAUAAGGAUGAUUCAGGAAUUUAUUAUAAAGAAAUCCUUGAGCAAUUUAACUGAUAAAAAUAAUAAUUUUUCCAAGAGUAGAGUUAGGUUGGAGAAUUUUUUUAACAUAUGAGCUUUAUGAACAUAUAUUUGGUUUCAGUUAUAUUGACAAAUAAUUUUAAUAGUUACAUGAAAACAUUAUACAGUUUUCUUGGUUUAUGCGACAUGGUUUUAAAGUAGAAUAAUUAUGUUAUUCCAGACAAUACGCAUUUUAGAUGUGAGGUCAACAUGUAGUGUGGGUUUAUAUCAUACGACUUAACAUAAGUAAAAGAUAUCGUCUAUGUAAACCAGAAAUCGAAUUAGUCCAAGAAUUGACAAAUGAAGAACUCAAUAAGACAGUUUGAAUAGUGAUCAAGAGGAUGUAACAACCCUUUUUCUAACUCUCAUAAACAUAUAGGACACAUGAAAAAGAAUCACUUUGGUGAUUCUGGCAUGGUAAAGAGAGAAAGGCAGAGUUGCUAGAAUCAACUUUCCUGAUUCCAAGAAUGUUUGUCAGUGGUCAGUUGUCUCAGUCCAUUUGAGAAGUGAUGGUGACUAGAUGAGUUCUUGGCCAUAAUUUUAUGCAAACUCAUAUUGUAAUGGUGCAUACUUAAUAAUUCCAAUAUUGUUUUUUAUUUAAAACGAGUUUUUGUCUUAAGUUUUUAAGAAUGACAUCGAAUACCAAAAAUUAUUUGGAAAUCCAUUGAACUAUGAUCAAUUUUAACAUUUUGAGAUGUUUACCUUUUAUAUGCAGAAUUUAUAUAAUGUUGCAAUUAGAUCUCCUAGAUGAUUAGUGGGACUGUUCUGGUUUGUGAUCAUUUGUGCUGUUGAAACCUUUCAAAGUAGGCCUGCAUGAUCUGUGCAGUUUAAAUACAUUCUUGAAAGUGCUUACUCAAAUGUAGUUUUAAAUAUUGUAUUGUAAUGUUAAGUUGAUUUCUCUUCCGACAACAUCAGGUUACCACCUGGUGUGUUGCUUCAGGUCUGUACUUUGUAGUUAUGUAAUAAUGGUCUAAUUCUUGAAAUUGUGUACUGAAGUUGAGUGUAAGAAUUAAAACCCUGAAGUUUGUGAUAUUUAGAUAUGUGAACAAAUGUGAUACUACAUUUCCGCUUCCUGUGAUCAAUUUUAUGUUCUUAUGUGCUGUAAAAAUGUUCUUUAAUUGUAACAUUGCAUGUGCAAAGCAUUCAGGUAAUUGUUCAUUUAUAUUUUGAUAACUUGUUUUUUUUUACAUUUUGUGAACUGUGAAUUGUAACAUGCACAAACCCCUUUUUGCUACUAAAGGUUUGUUGAGAAUAUUUUUAUCACCUUGAGUGAAAAAUCCGCAAAACUUGUUUGAAAACAACAGGAUUAGAACAUGUUUACUCUAAACAUAUGUCAUCCUAUGCACAUGAAGGGUUGUUUCUUGUUCUUUCACUGUCUAGCUCAUAGUUAGAAUGUAAGGUAUAUUUGUGCAUGCUUCUUUUGACAUGAAAAUAUGGUCCAUUACUUUUGAAGCGCUUCUCAUGGGUUAAUUUAAAGCUUUUGAGACUUGUGAUCCAAAUUGGGCAUGUAUAUUGUUAUCAUAUUAAAUGAAUUUUUUGCAGAUGUGCACAAGAGGCUUUCUUGCACUUACUGCUUAUUCCAAUGUUGAUAAAAAUUAAAUGUGCAUCACACACACAUUUUACGUGAUAAAAAUCAUUAUUUUUUAAUCAAUCAGAUUAAGAGCCUACAUGGUUGAUUUCUUAUCUGCAACUGCUUCAGGCUAAAUACACAACUUUGGUUACGAUACAUUUUAGAGCUAGAUUUUCUUUGCUUUUCACAAAUAACGUGAAGUAAGAAAGUAUUUAAAAUCAUUUCGCCAAAGACGCUCAUCUGUGACAUAUAAAACUUUGGGCCCCAUUGUUACACCUGGUUCACGACUGCUAAACUUGCUGCGCUAACUUCUAAUGUGUCACAUUUUUGUCAGUUUUGGAAUGCAUACUCUUGUGUGGAUCACAAAUGUUGCGGCAGCAGUUAACUUUGAAUGGCUGAAAACUCGCCUAUAUGAAAAUCUAGGGUCUUCGAGUUUCC